ACCCUGACCAACCACAGACCACAGACUGACUGAGGAGUUUCCCCACCCACCAGGUGCUCCCUGCCCAGCCAACAGCAGACCUACCGGCCCGCCUUUCGCCUGACACCUACUCGCCGACAGACAUAGCCCCGCCCGCCAUGGCCCGGCUCCUGACGGUCACCUUCGGUUGCAUCAGCCUGCUCUACCUGCUGCUCCCAGGCACGCUGUCCCGCAGCCUGGGCCGGAGCCAGCAGCCUGCCCCACCCAGGGAGCCCCCAGCCAGGACCCUUUCCAGUGGCCUGAAGCCUCAACACCCUACACCUCGGCGUGUGGUCUGGAAGCUACACCAGGCCCUCCAGCCACAGAGGAGCGCCAGCCGAGCCCCCGCUACGGGUCGGCCUCUCCGGGAUGGCCUCCACCGGCACUUGGGUCCCCGCAGGUCCCGAGCCCAGCUCCUGCGGGUGGGCUGUGUGCUGGGCACCUGCCAGGUGCAGAACCUCAGCCACCGCCUCUGGCAGCUGGUUGGGUCAGCUGGCCCACGGGACUCAGCCCCCAUGGACCCCAGCAGCCCCCACAGCUAUGGUUGA